AAUUAUAAUGUGGGCUUGUUUGCCUUUGAAUUGGAAUGAGCUGGUAAUCGUAUACGAAGCCUGAAAUCAUCCUUAAUUCUCUGAUUUCUUUCGAGGACAAGGACCUUAAAAAGGAUGGUAAAGGGUCACCUGGAAAGUCCAGACACUUGCAUACCAAAUUUGGUCACUGGCAUUGCAUCAAAACUAGAAACUUUGCCUCCAUUUUACUCCUCAUGUUCUAUCUUCAAAGUGCCUGAGAGACUUCGCAACAUAAAUGAACAGGCCUACACUCCUAGGGUUGUCUCAAUUGGACCCAUUCACCUUGGUAAACCAAACUUAGAAACCAUGCAGCGGCAUAAGUGGUGGUACUUCAAAAGGUUUCUCCAGCGAUCUAAGCAGGGGAUAAGCUUGGACAAUUAUGUGAUAGCUAUUAAGGGGUGUGAACUACGUGCUCGCCAGUCUUAUGCUGAAACCAUUUACCUUGACAGUGACCAAUUUGUAGAAAUGCUGCUAGUUGAUGCUGCCUUCUGCAUUGAACUUUUCUGGAUGGAUCAUUUCCCUGAGUUGAUCGAUUUUAGUUAUGAUGGUAUAUACUAUAGGCCAUGGAUAAAGAAUGACUUGCGGCGGGACAUGGCACUGCUUGAAAAUCAGAUCCCAUUUUUUGUUAUCCAGCGGCUGUUCGAGCUAGCAGAACUGGUUUCUCCUCACCAAGGAGAUGCACCCUCCUUGCUUGACAUAACCCUUGGUUUCUUCAAAGAGAGGAGCAAUGCAGUUUCACAAUUCGCAUUGGAUUAUGGAAUAAGGCAUAUCCUUGACAUCUUACGAUAUUGCUACUUGCCCUCAAACCUAGAGAAGCAGUUCAAAAAUAUUCGGAAAAUUGAAUUCGCAGUAAGUGCAACAGAGCUCCACGAGGCUGGAGUUGAGUUUCGGAUUGGUAAAACCAGUAGCAUGCUUGAGAUACAUUUUGACCUUGCGAAUGGGGUGCUGGAAAUCCCACUUAUAAAAUUAAAAGAUAAGACCGAAUCGCUAUUCCGAAAUCUCGUUGCCUUGGAGCAAUGCUUAUAUAGACAUUGCAGCUACAUAAGUGAUUAUAUGGCUUUCAUGGACUGCCUCAUCAACACUUCUGAGGAUGUGGACUUGCUCAUUCAAAACAACAUCAUUGAGAACUGGCUAGGUGACAGCAGUCGAGGAGCUGCUCUUUUUAACAACCUUUGCAAAGAGACUAUAUGGUGGAGGAAAAAUUUUUAUUACUCUCAUCUAUGUGAGGACCUCACAGCAUACUGCAGAAUCCCUUGGCACAAAUGGAAGGCAACCUUGAAACGUGAUUAUUUUAGUACUCCUUGGAUGGUCAUUUCAGUGAUUGCUGCAGUGGUACUGCUCGUACUCACUUUCAUACACAAGCAACAGAGUGAACCGUCAGUUGUUAGUUUUAUUGAAGACUAUGCAGGGGGCUUUGGUCAUAUAAAGCUUGCAGUAGUUUUUGUGUUUUUUGUUGUGGAAAGGUCUUGUUGGAAGUCUAGGGUGAAGUUUUCGGGUGUUGCAUCUACAACUGUAUUGGGGCUAAUAGUAGAAGCUGAAAUUGCCAUCGAAGAACAAAAGAAGAUGGACCAUAUUUCAAUCAUCAUUGAAGAUCCACACAUACCUUUGGCAGCUUCCAUUAGAGGGAUGCUAGAAAGGUUGCCUCCCAUAUCACCCAACUGUUCCAUCUACAGAGUUCCCAAAAAACUUCGCAAUACAAAUGAAAAGGCCUACACACCCCAAUUGGUCUCCAUUGGCCCUCUUCACCACGGUCAAAAAUGCUUGCAAGCCAUGGAAGAGGUUAAGUUGAGGUACCUGCAGAGUUUUCUCAAUCGUACCAGCUUGAGUUUGGAGAAUUUUGUGAAAGCAAUGACGGCAUGGGAAGCAAGAGCCCGCAACUGCUAUGCAGAAAGCAUCGGGUUCAGCAGUGAUGAAUUUGUCACAAUGAUGCUAGUAGAUGCUAGCUUCAUUAUUGAGACCAUAUUGAUGUAUAACAGCCCUUUAUCAGAAGAUGGAAACAAUCAUGUUCACUUUAGACGUCGGACAGUGGCUGACCUGCGGUCUGACAUGAUCUUACUUGAAAAUCAGCUUCCUUUUUUCAUUCUCGAGGGUCUAUUUGAUCUUGCCUUGGCCUCUCAUGGACAAGGAAAUCCUUCUUUGCUUGAUCUUUCAUUAUAUUACUUUCAGGGUUUUAUGAUAAUGAACAACGUUUCAAGGACAAUGAACUCAACUUUUGAAGUAAAGCACUUUGUUGAUUUGCUGAGAACUUGUCAUCUACCAUCAUCCCAGAGAUCAAGUUCAGGCUAUAUGGCGAACUAUGCAGUGGUUCGCAAUGCAACAGAGCUCCACGAGGCAGGAGUAAAUUUCAAAAAGGGCUCGAGAAAUCGCUUACUCGAUGUAUGCUAUGCUUCAGGGCAGUUGCAAAUUCCACCCUUUAGAAUACACGAUGCUACUGAAAUCGUGCUGAGAAACCUUAUUGCCUUGGAGCUGUGUCACUAUCAGUUGGAUAGUUACAUAAUCGAUUAUAUUUACUUCAUGGGUAAUCUUAUUACCACUCCUAAGGACGUGGAUUUGCUCAUUAAAAAUGGAGUUAUCGAGAACUGGCUGCGAGACGAUGAUGCAACCGCAACUUUGUUCAAUAAUCUUCCCACUGAGGUUUCGUUGUUCACAACCAACUUCUACUAUUUUGGUCUUUCAGAAGAGCUGAAUGCAUUCUGCAAGGUCCCAUGGCACAGAUGGAAGGUGACCUUGAAACGCGAUUAUUUCAGUACUCCAUGGAAAGUGGCUUCGACCAUUGCUGCAGUUAUAUUCCUACUACUCACUUUCACACAAACAGUAUGUUCAAUUAUCUCCCUCCAAGUUUAG